ACCGGAAAUGACAAUUGCUGCACAGUAGGCUCAAAUCGUAGAUAUAUGAAAUAUAUGUCUGUGCUCAAACCUGCAGUAGACACUCCAGCUUUCCACGAGACGUGAAAGCGGUCACGUAACGUCAUUAGCGGCCAGCGCGAGACCAGUCGUGAGCAGCAAUUCAGAAGCGAAACGGGAGUGAAAGCGUUCCACACACCCGAUCCCGUGAUGCCACAAAACCAAGGGAGAACCAUGGAAGUCCACACACAAUAAUAAACAAGGAGAAAGACAGCCGCAUGUAUCAAAACAGGUCGUUCAUUUAAGCUGAAGUGACAUCACGCAUCCCCGCGUAAACACUGAUGUUGAUCAAAAGGAGAGGCCAGACGUGUCUGAUCGCUUCCACCAUGGCCUUACUGGUCCUGCUCAUGAUGGUUCUGUACGGAACCACCAACAGCUCUGUCCUGAAGUCGGACUACCAGCUGCUGGGCAGACCCCUUUACAAACUGGACCUGAGCUGGCCCAAGAACCCGGAACACUUCACCGGAGAGAUAUUCGGUGUGGCAGUGAACCAGUACACCGGUGUAGUGUAUGUGGCUCAGCGAGGCUACAACAUGCCGAAGGUGCUGGUGUUCAACACAGAUGGAAAUUUCCUCAUGUCCUGGAACACGACCACCCUGGAAAUGCCUCAUGGGAUAUUUGUAGCAGAUGCAGCUUCGGGAAGUCCCACCGUGUGGAUCACAGAUGUGGGGAAUGGUCCGUAUGGCCACUGCAUCAAACAGUUCUCACCAUCAGGGAAGCUGCUGCAGGUGCUUGGGACACCAGGGAACGCAGGUUCUGGUUUGGAUCCACUGCAGUUUGACCAGCCAGCUGAAAUCUUCAUCCAUGAAUCUGGAGAAAUGUACAUCGUGGAUGGUGAUGGUGGGAUGAACAACCGCCUCAUCAAGAUGUCCAAAGAGCAUGAGGUGUUGUGGAUGCAUGCAGAGAAAGGACAAGGCUUGGCUCAGUUCUACAUCCCCCACAGUGUGACAGUGGAUAACGCCCAAAGAGUGUGGGUGGCUGACAGGGGCAACAAAAGGAUCCAGGUCUUCAACUCCAUCACUGGGGACUGCCUGGGGACAUGGGGGAGCUGCUUCACAGAAGAUGCACCCUACUCUGUUCGCCUCACCCCAGACAAAAAAUAUUUUGUUGUUGUGCAGCUCAACACCAAUCAGAUCUCCCUGCUGGACGCACCACCGGUGGGCUUGAUUGGUCAGUGCCAGGUGGUCAGUGUGAUCCAGCUUGCAGACGACGUUAAGCCCCACCUGCUCGAUCUAGAUCUAAAAGCUGGAGCUCUGUACGUGGCUGAGAUUGGAGCUCAACAGGCUCAGAAGUUUGUCCCCUUUAGUCUGGGUGGAGGUUUCCUUUAAGACCCAAGUGGGCUCCAACCAAAACAUAGAGCUCAGAUACUCAAAAAACAUACCAAAUGUUCAUAUGGAUCAUUUAAUCUGUCCGGAGGUGGGACGUGGGUGGUCUGUUACGAUUGACUGGCAACGUUCUUCUAACGAUCUGAGUCCAAACUGAUAGUUUGCUACUGGUACUCUAGUUCCUAAUGAGUGAGUGAGAGAGAACUGGUCUGGUGAGCUGUCUAGGUGUUUUGACUCCAGCUGAAUGCUGGGAGUCAAUAACUGAGAAGCAUGUGUACAGACACAAGUGGGAUAUGAGGUACUGUCAUAGUUUCUAUUCCAUGGUUGUUAAAGCUUAAAGUGUCAAUGUGUAGUUUUUACCGUUAAUCUCAGGAAAUAUCCACGACGCCAUAUUGGAUGCCACGUUUCCUUCAGCGGUAGCCAGGACAGAAUGCAUUUACUUAUUUGUAACAAACGGUUACAAAACUUUCCGCAUUACUAAGCGUUCUUUUACACAUUCACGUCUUGGCUCGAUGCCAGAGAUGAAAGGGAAUCUGACAUGCUUGUUGUUUUGCUGGAGGUUGAGCUCCCAAGGAUUUUUGACCCCUAAUGGCGUCUGUUGGUAAGGUCUUGCUUGAACACAAAAAUACAGCUUGCUUGCAAUGAUUCAGGUAUCUACUGCCCCCUAUUUCCAGGGAAAAUACACACUGUCACUUCAAUGCCAUCAUAAAGAGUUCAUGCUGGAGUUUUUUAAGGAGCAGGGUUAGAAAUGAUCUCCCCUGGUCUUAACUUGUCAGGGUUAGGGUAGAUCAGAGUCUCCAAAAGCAAUACAGCUCAUGUCCAUCUUUGUUUAUCUUAUCAAGCACACCACAGACUUCCCGCGGGUCUUAAAUGCUGCCCACGUGGUUGGGGAUUUCCGCAUUCCUGAGAACUUCUUCGAAACUGAACAUAAAAUAUGUAAAAGACUGGACUGUCCCAGAUGUGUAAGCAGCUAAAGGCAGCAAGCUGCUAUUGUAACUUUAAACCACUAAAAACAAUAAAACUUCAGGUCCAAAUUUGUGGGGUGGGGGGUGUCUCACUAAUUCCGGGUCACAUGAAAAUAACGUGUUUUCCCAUGGGCGGGAUGUUGGAAUGCUAAAUGGCUAAAAGCUCUGAACUUUGUAUAUUUCAUGUGGUGUUGUUUACGGAUGUGUAUUGGUGAAAUUAUGGCGAUAGGAUACGUACUGCGAUACUUUUUUAGAAUGAAUUAAAUAUAGGAGAAUUCAAUUAACAGUCCAAAAUGAUGUUUAACAUGACGUAUCUCAACCAGAGGGUGCCCAAGUCUCCCCAUCAGCCUUUCCGGUGGGCUCAUGGGGAAGAACGAAAAAAUGAAUGCAAGUCAACGGGGCUAAACACUAUUUUGUAAUCCGCUUUGCCUUACGCCCUGGAUCACACGUGUUGCACUGCAAUUUAAAUGAAAAAAAUUCAUGGGUGUUUCAACCACGUCUGUCACGUACUUUGAGAUUCAUCAGCAUGUAGAAGUUCAUAAUUAGCAUGACUACACACCAGAAAUCGGCACGUCGCAUAUGUGACGUUACCACACGAUCUCCUCUCCCCUAGCGUAGCUGCUACUUACCACAUGACCAGAUUUACGGUGGUUCUUUCCUCCUGUGGGAUGUUUGCUGAACUUACAGCCCUUGUCCCUCAGUUUUCUCCAUGUCUGGCUCGAUGACGUCACUUUCGUGAUGCACAUUUUUAGUCCUGGACUUAUUUUCACACAAAUCCUGAAAAAGCGUUUCCCCCGUUCAAAAAUAAGCACGUUCUUGGUAUCAAAAAGCUUCUUCAAAAUUCACGAACAUCAAAUGUGACAUCCAUGGCACAAAACAAGCGGCGUUAGAAAAUAGCUUUUUUAGCCCCGUUCACUUGCAUUCAUUUUUCCGGAGAGACCCAUGGUGCGGAAGUAGAUGGGCGUGACUUAGGCCUAGUCCACACGUAGCCGGGUUUUUUGAAAACGAAUAUCCGCCCCUCCAAAAACUUGCAUCCACACCAACGCGUUUUAAAAACAAACUCUGUCCACACGUACCCGGAUAAGUACGUUGUUAAGGACAUGCCAGACCUGUAGGCGGCAGUACUUCCCCCGGUCUUAACCUCGUCCUUCGUCUGGGGUCUUCCGCGAGGAGCAGUAAUUCCUCUUGCAAAAACAAACAAGCAGAAAGCGUUUGGACAAUUGAUGGAUCGGGUAGUGACAGAGCGCAGCUCUGAAAGCUUCCGUGAUGCCGGCUAGUAUAAACACAGGUCGCACACGUGAUGUCAGCAUUUUUUUGUCGCGGAAAGUGACGUUGCGGACCUUAAAACUCCGGUUUUGUCCGUCCACACGCAGACACCCAAAACGGAGAAAACGCAGAUCUUCACUUUGGCCGGAGUUUUUAAAAAGAUCCGUUUUCGUGUGAAAAAACUCCGUUUUCGUGUGGAUGACAGGCCAAAACGAAGAAAAAUAUCUACGUUUUGGCAGAUCCCCGGCUACGUGUGGACAGGGCCUUAGGCUCCCUACAACUUAGAGGUAUUUACAUUUUAACGGUGGAAACAAAACCUUUUGCACAACUAGUGGUCGGCAUUUGAAUUUGCACCAAAAGAAAAGAAAAUACACAAAUGUUUGCAUGUAAAUUCUUCCAAAAGUUAGAUACACAGCUUUUGAAUUUCGAUAUAAUAUUGCGGGACAAAAUAUCAUGAUUUAUUGCCAUAUUGAUAUUUUCUUACAUCCCUAGUGUUGUUAAAGCUGCUUGGAUCUAAGCUCUGAUUGUGCACACACAAGUGAAUGUCCUGUAACAGGAGGAUUCUCAAAUGUCAGAAAAUAUGAGGGUCUGUCAGCUGUGACCCACUUCAGCUUCAUCACCAGACCUGUUGCAGUGUGCUUUGUGGGGUGCCGGUUAGCUUGUCUGUGACUGUGCAGUACCUUUGUUUGUAACAUUUUCUAGUUAUAAGAACGUAGUGUUUUAUUAAAGUGUCUUUUCGUGUGUUUUCUGAUGAUGGUGAAUAAUCAGAACUUAAUGAUGUAAUGGAACUUUUUGUUCUCGUGGGAGAACCCUUGCUAUGUCCCUUGAAAAGUGUUAAAAUCAACGUGAAAUGCACAUAAAAUUGACAAUGCAUUGCCAUAAAAAGUCAAGUAAGCUGUAAUUAAAACACUACAUGUGAAGUGA